AUGACUCCUGCACCACUUCAAGCCUCAUUUUUCUGUUUUUCUUCCUUUGCUCUCUUAACCCUUUUUUCUCUCCCAGACUAUUGUUCUUGUUUUAAUCCAAAAUUAUAUAAUUUUAAUGUUUCCAAGAUUGUUCAGUCCGGUUGGUCUUUCGCUGGAGCAACGUGGUAUGGAAAUCCCAUCGGCGCCGGAAGUGAUGGAGGUGCUUGUGGGUAUGGAUACAGUGUAGAGCAAUAUCCUUUUUCUUCCAUGGUAUCAGCUGGAGGCCCUUCUUUAUUCAAAUCAGGCAAAGGUUGUGGGUCCUGCUAUCAGGUGAAAUGCACGAAAAAUGCGGCAUGUUCGGGAAAUCUGGUGACCGUGGUGAUUACCGACAAUUGCCCUGGUUGUGUAUCGGAGUCUGUUCACUUUGACAUGAGUGGGACUGCAUUUGGAUCCAUGGCCAAGAAAGGGCAAGCUAAUCAACUACGCAAUGUUGGACAAUUGCAGAUUCAGUAUCGAAGAGUGGAGUGCAACUAUCGAGGAGUAAAUUUGGCAUUCCAUGUUGAUUCUGGGUCCAACAACUACUACUUUGCAACAGUAGUAGAAUUCGAAGACGGAGAUGGCGAUAUCGGAAGCGUAGAACUCCGGCAGGCGCAGGGAUCAGAUAUAUGGCUUCCUAUGCAACAAUCAUGGGGUGCAGUCUGGAAGCUUAACUCUGGCUCUAAUUUGAGAGCUCCUUUUUCUCUCAGGAUUAAAUCAAUUGAAUCCGACAAGACGGUUGUGGCGAACAAUGUGAUUCCGGUAGGGUGGCAGCCUGGUGUUACCUAUCGAUCCGUUGUCAACUUUGAUGUUUGA